AUGGACUCUCAGUCCCAAUCUCCCUCUACCGCUGCCAGAACACCUUCCCUCCGCAUCCCGUCUAUGCCCAGUGCGGCCGCGCAUCACCGCCAGAGUUUCAACGAGCUACGAGGUCAUCCUCCUUCUCCUCGAUCGCAGAGACAGCCCUCCCUAUCCAAUAUCGCCGUGCAAGAUUUGAUUGACAAUCCCCCCAUGAGAAAUCCAGAUCCUCGCUUUGCGGGGAGGAAUUGGACUGAAGUGAAGGUCAAAGAGCUGGUCAAUCCGGAUGAUCUGAGAUUUGUGGACAAUGAAACCGCUGUAGAGUCGGCUACCAACGUCCUCAUCGAGUCAGGCGCUCCCGUGGUCCUUGUCCGCGAAGGGCCUGGCUCCCAAGUCAUCGGCACAUUUGACCACCGCGACCUCAAUGCCUACCUGUUGCUAGUGGUAGGACUUUCUCGUCCUGAUGACGAAGAACAUGCCGAAGACUUUAUGGAAUUGGCUCAGCGCGCAAGGGAAGGCAAACGGAUACACCUGCGCGAGAUCCAGGACUUGAGCAAAAAGGAACCGUUGACUUUCCUGGAUGAGAAUGCCGAUCUGCUCAAAGCUAUUGAGACGUUUGGGAGAGGGAUACAUCGAGUGGUAGUGAGGGACGAGACUACGAAAGAAGCAACGGGUGUGCUCAGCCAGAGCCGUCUGAUCAGGUUUUUGUGGGAGAAUGGCCGGAAUUUUCCUAUGCUGGACCAAUUAUACCUCCAAAAUCUUCGAGAUUUGAGGAUAGGGUCCAAAGAUGUGGUUGCCAUCAAUGGCGACCGCCCCCUUUUUGAGGCCCUGACGCUACUCCUCAACGAAGGCGUCUCUUCUCUCCCCGUGGUUGACCACAACUACAAUGUCAUUGGGAACAUCUCUAAUGUCGACGUCAAACUCCUCACAAAGUCCACCUCUUUGCCCCUUCUUCGCAACACAUGUAUCCACUUCAUAACAGUCAUCCUCUCCACACGAGGGAUGUACGAAGGCAAAGACUCCUUCCCGGUCUUUCACGUCACUCCACUCUCGACACUCGCGCACACAGUCGCAAAGCUGGUCGCGACAAAGUCGCACAGAAUGUGGAUCACCGAACCCGCUUCUCCCAGCUCCUCCGGUCCACCUACGCCAUUGCUGCAUAGUGCCACCCUGGUUCCGACGUCAAGCCACUCCUCCAACCUCUCACUAAACAGUGGCGGCAGUCACCAUAUCACACCCCCAGCUGCCAUCCCCACUCCCGCAUCCGACCCAUUCUCACCAUCCUCGGGGGCGGUCGUUGAUAGUUCGCCAAAACCACCAUUUAUUGCACCUACAGGACCCUCGAUCUCCGCAUCUUCGCUUCCAGGAGCGCGGAUUUCAGGCCGUCUUGUUGGCGUGGUGUCUCUCACCGACAUUCUGAUUCUGUUCGCCCGCGCGGGUGGCGUCAUUGACGUGGCGGAUCCAAACGAGAUUAGGAUGCGACGGAGAAGAAGCAGCUCGAGUAGUGUCAGAAGGAGUUUUGAUCUGGGGCAACGGCCAAGUGUCGGUAGCAACGGCGGAAGCGGGCUGAGGCCGAGUGGAGAGUUGAGUCGAAAGAGCAGUACGUCGAUUCGUUGA